AUGGCCUCAGCAGGGUCGCCGACCGAAACAACAACAGUGGAGCACCCAAUUAUCAGAGCUGGAACACCAGCCGUGGAAGGUCCAAAGCAAACAAAAGUGAAUGAAACGGUGGUUUCGGAUGCGACAGCUUCCGAAAAGCUCAAGUAUGACCAGGACCAGGCCAAUGAAUCUUCCGACGCUAUUGUCUACAAGGAAGAGUAUCUCCAGUCCAACGACGGCCAUGUUGUCCACGUAGAGGAUGUAGAUCCGAAGACAGGGGGACGAAAUGGUCUCAGAAAAGAAUCCAGGGUUCUAGAAGUCGUUGAUGUUUAUUUCACACCUUCAGCCGAAAAGCCCAAGGACGGCCUACUGCCUGUUUCCGUCAAAGGUCAAUCCUACAUCAGAGUUGUAUCACCCACAGUCAUAUCUGCCCUUCGACACGUUGUCAAUUACUACCCCUCACAGGACCUCAGUGGAGAAACGGUCACGAUAUAUGAACCUUACAGCGUCGUAGUCCAUCACGAGGAGGAGCUGAAGGAGUACCGCGAUUGGUUCGCACCUGACAAUCCCGCCACUGCUACAGCGUCGGAUUCUUGUUCAAACCGACUCACGUACAACCACGUCGGGGUCCUACUCGACUAUGUCAACAGCAAGAUUGGUGCUGCCGUGAGAGCAGAACGAGAGCGGAACGCCCGAGGAUACACAUCGCCCGACAUGGAAUGGCUAGCCUUCAAGCCCGGGACGGACGUGUACUACGAUCACGACGCCGACGGGAAAUGGAGUCCAUACGUCAUCAAGAAAUUCAGGCCAAGGAUGCAAAAUGGUCAUGUAAUUGACUACUCUGUUCACCUCUGGAACUUGGACAUUGACUCAGACCGGCCAGAGCUCCUGGGGCUAAACACAAUCUCCACUUCAUUGUCGUACACAGGACCGGAUGUCGAGCUUUUCGGCCGCACCAUUUUCCCUUGCAGCGCCUUUCCAGAUGGCAAAACGAUUCUAGGAAGAGAACGAGACGAGCUGAGAAAGUUCUUUGAAGACAGAGGCCGCAUGUUUGUGCAACUUCUAAAGAGAGGAUGUUACCAGUUUGAAGGAACCUCCAUCACUCAGCCCAUCAAGACGUACAACGGCCUUGUCAUGAUCUGGAUGAAGAACCCGGGCCACCGGCGGCUCGGUCACCACUUCGCUCUCGAUGUAUCCGGAUUCAAGGCUCCCGUCUUUGACAAGAAAAUGAUCAAUGAUUUGGUCCUAGCUCAGGAUACGAAGGAUAUGAUCGUCGACCUUACGAAGCUUUUUGUUGAGGAAAAGGGCACGCAUGGCGAGCAGGCCGACGCCACCACAUCAGGGAGCCUGCUUGACAUGUCUGCUUGGUCAGCAGAUUUUGUCAAAGGAAAGGGAGAGGGACUCAUAUUCCUCCUGCAUGGAAAGCCUGGCGUGGGCAAGACGUACACUGCAGAUAUCGGGACACAUCCAGAAAUGGUAGAAGCCAGCUUGAGGAGAUGGUUCAGCAUUGCUCAGAACUGGGGCGCCAUCAUGCUCAUCGACGAAGCCGAUGUAUUCAUGGAGCAGAGGAAAGUGCAGGACCUGGUCCGCAACAACUUGGUUGCAGGCUUCCUGCGCGCCCUGGAGUACUAUCAAGGCAUUUUGUUUCUGACGACCAACAGAGUGGGUACGUUUGACGAGGCCUUCAUCUCACGUAUUCACAUUACGAUACACUAUGCGAACUUUACAGACGAGAGUCGGGCUGAGGUGUGGGAAUCCUUUUUCCGCAAACUACAGAGCGAGAGGGAGGGCAAGGUGAAGAUCCUAGAGGAAACACGGGACUAUGUGACGGAGAGGGAAGUGCGAGAGCUUGAGUGGAAUGCUUUCCAAAUUGCGGUUGCUCUGGCUCAAGUUGAGAAUGAUUGCGAUGCUAGGGGACGCAUCCAAAUCAAGCGAAAGCACAUCAGAUCCACAGUCAACAUGUCCAGGAACUUCAAGUCCUACCUCAAGGAGUUGUAUCAGAAAGACGAGACGCAAAGGGCUGCGGCUUGGGGCCACAGGUACGAUGCUUUCGGGCAAUCAUCUGCAAAUGAAGGCAACUUCAUGUAG